UUAGCCUUCAAGACAAGGCAAAUCAGACAGCAGGAUUUAUAGAACAGUUGGAGACUAAUGUUUGCUCUUACUUGAAGGAGGAAAGAAUAAACUCUGUCCCAGACCGCUUAUUCAAGAUUAUUUUUGUGGGCAAUUCGAGCGUUGGAAAGACUUCAUUCUUAAGGCGAUUUUGUGAAGAUCAUUUUUUCCCAGGCACAGCUGCUACUGUAGGCGUGGAUUACAAUGUGAAAACCAUCACAGUAGAUAAUACCCAGGUAGCCCUGCAGCUCUGGGACACUGCUGGCCAGGAACGGUACCGAAGUAUUACCAAGCAGUUUUUCAGAAAAGCUGAUGGCGUCAUUGUGAUGUAUGAUAUAACAGCAAAAGACACAUUCACAGCUGUCAAGCAGUGGCUGAUAAGCAUUGAGGAGGCAGCUGGGGAGAAUAUACCCGUGCUUUUGUUGGGUAAUAAGACUGAUAAUGAAAAGGAACGUGAGGUCCCUAUGGGAAUGGGAGAGCAUCUUGCUAAGGAUUACAAUCUAAUUUUCUAUGAAUGCAGUGCAUAUUCAGGGUACAAUACCAAAAACUCGGUGCUUCACUUAGCUAGGAUUUUAAAGGAACACGAAGAUAAAGUGAAAGAGAAAACCGUUGAGCUUCAAUCUGAUGUGAAUAAGAGGUCUUGCUGUAUCAGGCCAUAA